AACAUGUUUAUUUUCAUUUUUUUUGGCGCAUUUUGUUUCGCGCUGUGUGUUUAUUCGAUUUUCGAUUGGUUGAUUUCGAAAUUGUGAAAUUUUCUUAAAAUUCGGGUAAAAACAAACAAAAAAUGGUCAUGGAUGUUGAUAAUAAUUCAACUAAAUCAAUGGAUUGUGCUGUUCGAAUCAAUGGUGCAUUGAUGAAUAAUUAUCAAAAUUGUUUGGCAAUUUUGAUUGGUUUUGUUCAACGGCUUGAAGGUGAAAAUAAACGAAUUGUAAUUAAAACUACUGACAAUGUUUACGUGCAGGUUAUGCUGACACAACCGUUAAGUUUUAUACUUGAACCCGAUCAAUUGAUCGAAGCUUUCGGUAUUGUACGUGGUGGUAGUAAAUUUGAAUGUAAAUCAUUUGCACAUUUUGGUCGUGAAGAAUCAAAAGAAUUUGAUUGUGAAUCAUAUAAUCAUUUGAUACAGCUAUGUAUUACACAUCAACAACGAUAUUGUAUCGAUAAAACGGAUGCUGAUGAACAACAAUCCGAAUUAGUAUUUCAAACGGUUGAUAAUGAUUUUGAUAUUAUCAAUAUUAAUGAACAACAACAAUCUUUUAAUGAUAAUGGUUUUCAACAUUGAUUUUGUUUGAAAAAA